GUGAACCAUGGUAAUCUAGUGAAGCUCGAAGGUUUUUGCGUUGACCCCGAUGAUGCAACAUGCUACUUAAUUUAUGAAUAUGUAGAGAACGGUUCUCUACAUUCAUGGCUACACGGAAGCCAAAAGCAGAAGUUGAACUGGAGAACGAGAUUGAGGAUUGCGAUUGAUGUUGCUAAUGGACUACUCUAUGUUCACGAGCACACGAGGCCACGAGUUGUCCACAAAGACAUUAAAAGUAGCAACAUUUUGUUGGAUGCAAGCAUGAGAGCUAAGAUAGCCAACUUUGGACUCGCGAAGUCAGGGUGCAAUGCUAUAACCAUGCACAUUGUUGGAACUCAAGGCUAUAUAGCACCCGAGUACAUAGCAGAUGGAGUCGUGUCGACAAAGAUGGAUAUCUUUGCGUUUGGAGUUGUUUUGCUCGAGCUCGUCUCUGGUAAGGAGGCCAUUGAUGAGGAAGGAAGGGUUCUAUGGAUGCGAGCGAGUGGGUUUUCGGAAGGGAAAGAGAAGGAGAAGUUAGACAGAUUGAAGAAUUGGAUUGAUGAAGCUCUUUUCGAGCAAUCGUGCCCGAUGGAGAGCGUGAUGGAUGUAAUGAAUGUGGCUGUUAGUUGCCUGCAAAAGGACCCGACGAAGAGGCCGAGCAUGGUCGAGGUGGUUUAUGCACUGAGCAAGAGCGACGACGCCGUGUUCGACUUCUCCGAUGAUACUCUAUCAGCACCUAUCUUAACAGCUAGGUAGCCAACUAGUUACUCGAGUUUCUAAGAAGCUUCAUGUUUAUAAUUUUCAUAUCAAGCCCUU